GCAAUUGAAAAGGCCACAGGGAAGUUUGCUGCGAGGAGGCCAAAGGUCAGUUUGACACAGACACGUAUACAAAUGGAUUGAUACGAGUAGCAAGUAGCAAGCACAGCAGUUUCCUUUUUCACUUGACCUGCUGUUGCCACUCUUGGAAAAGAGAUUGGAAAAGACAAAGCUGGUUUGGGCCGUUUUUCAGCUGCUCAAGGACAAGUUUUCAGGAUCCAGGAUCCGCAGUCGAUGGCAAAUGUCAAUUUGACUGCAUGGAUUGUCAUACUGCAUGAUUUUCAGCAUUCUGUUGCUCUUGAGGAUCCAGGCAGGCCACGCACAGGGAUGUCCAAGCUUGCUGGUGCAGCUAGAGGAGCCUGGCCAAGCCAUGACCUGUGGUGUGCCUUGUCAGCUCAUGGAGCUGACCAAGGCUGACGAGUGCAGGUUUGACAUAUCGGCAUGUGGCGAGAGCGUGCCAGCUGGCACAUCAUGUCCCGUAGCCUGUCGAAGUCCCUUUUUUGGAGAGGCUGCGCUGGCCUCCUGUCCACCUGGGAACACAAAUCGUGCAACAGUGGCGGAAUGGACAGCUCCGGACUGUGAUCUAUUUGCAAGUGACUGCACCAAAGACCCUGGACCAUUGCCAGACGCUUAUGUUGAAGUGCCACCUGAUGACCCGAAUGGUGUGACGACAUAUGGAUGUGCAGCAGGCUUCGCAGGUAAUGCUGUGGCACGUUGUGUGCCAGAUGAUGUUUGCCAAAGCACCUUGCAAUAUUUUGGCUGUGAGAAGACGGCUGCGUGUGCAGCUCCAAUCGAGCUGAUUGGCUGUGAAUUGGACGUGACAGGAUGUUCGGAUGUACAACCCGGUGGCUCGUGUGAGGUGAAAUGCCGCGAUCCAUACGCUGGAUGGCCGAGCUGGGCUUUGUGUAAGCCUGACAAUGUGAAUUCUGAGAUCGGUCUCCUGGUGGUGAAACCAGAAUGUACCUUGCUGUGCGAUGAUCCUCCGAAUGAGCCUGAAGGUUACAUCAAAGUCUCCGGAGGCAACGGUUGGGCUUGCGCUCCUGGAUAUGGCGGUGAGGCUGACUGGACUUGCGUUAUUGACUCUGUUUGCGCUUCCAAGAAGGUUCUUUCGGGUUGCUCACAGUUGGCUCGCUGUAUCCUGCCAGUGGAGAACUCUUGCAUGUACGACUUCACGGAAUGCAUUGGAGAGUCAGCUGCCCCGGGAAGUUCUUGCAAGGUCCACUGCAAAAGGCCGUACCAAGGCAAUUCCACAAGCGCAAGCUGUCCUUUGGGCAACACGGAUCCGCUUCGUGAACUUGAUUGGGAAGCACCUGUGUGUACUCUAUCUUGUGCCGAAGUUGCCAAUGUGCCGGUUGGGUAUCUAUCCCAUCCAUAUCUUCGAGUUUAUGGUGGUUGGCAAUGUGCCUCUGGCUAUGCUGGAGUUCCAAUGAUCACGUGUGGAACCGAUCUGAAUUGUAAUCCACAGCUUCAAUUUGCAGGCUGUAGUGCUUUGCUUCCUUGUGAUCCUCCCACACUUACUGCUGGUGAGCAAUGCUCUUACCAGCAUGCGUGUAUUUCAGUCCGCUCAGGGGAUUCUUGCGAGGUGACCUGUCGUCCGCCAUACGUGGGAGGCAUUGCAACCGCAACAUGUCCUCCAAACAACACGCUUUUAGGACAGAAGCUGAAUUGGGCAGUCCCGGAUUGCAACCUAGAAUGCCCCAUGCCCAAUCCGCUUCCUGCGGGCUAUCUUUCAAAUGGUUUGGGCCCUGAUGGGAAGCAGGCUUGGAUUUGUGCUCCUCGAUGGAAAGCAAAUCCAGAGGCCAAGGCAGAAUGCAACAUUCAUGAUGGUGACUGUGUUGCUGCAUAUACCUUUUCGGGCUGUGUCCCGGAACGCGAGUGCGCCGUCCCACAUGAUGCACCAUGCUCGGUAGAUUGGUCACAGUGUCACAACGUUUUUGCUGGAGAGACAUGUGAAGUCUCGUGUGGUCCAAGUUUUACUGGAAACACCACGGACGCCCGCUGCCCAGCAGGAAACAUUGAUCCCACGACACCAUUGGAAUGGACGUUCCCAGGAUGUGUUCUGACGUGUCAGGAUCCAGUGGAUCCGCCCGGGUACGUGAAGACUCGCUUCAUGUGUGCGACCAACUAUUCUGGAAGCCCCUCAUCACGCUGUGCGGCGGACUUCUUGGAUCAAUGUAAUCCCACGUAUUCCUUCUCAGGCUGCAACUUGCGAGUGCCCUGCGCACCACCAAGAGUGGGGCAGGGACGAGGUGCUCGCUCAUCAAGCUACAGCGCUGAGGACCAGCUUUGCAUGUUCGAUUUCUCAGAGUGUCAGUCAGUUCCACCAGGUGGAAAUUGCACCAUUCGUUGUGGCUCCGAUUACCUGGGCAGAUCGACUAUCGCAUAUUGCCCAUCUGACAACACAGAUCCCAACGGCGAGCUCGUCUAUUUGGAGCCAAUCUGUAGCUUGAAGCCGUGUGAGAUGAACGUGCCGGCGGGCUACAUUGAGACGCCUUGUGGAUGGGUCUGUGAUGAGGGCUACAUUGGGGAGGUCAGCUGGUACUGUGCUGCCGUUGGAAGUGCUCCAGGUCAAUGUAGAUCGGAACUGGUUAUCAGUGGCUGCACUCUGACAGUCGAGUGUGCACCACUCUUUGUCAAUGACACUUGCCGAACCAACGCUUCUCAAUGUAUGUCUUUACAGCCUGGACAAGGCUGCAACGUGACAUGUGCGGAGCCCUAUACUGGAGGCCAGGGAGAGAACGCUACAUGGGCAUACUGCCCUGGUAGCACUACCAGGACAGGUCAACAGCCUGUUUGGGGCACUCUGCUUGGGGAGUGGGCCAUUGACUGUGAUGUUGAAUGUGCUUUGCCAGAUCCUAUUCCGGUGGGAUAUGUGCUGAGCAAUGGCAGGUGGCUUUGCGAUGUGAACAAUCAGUAUAGUGGAGCUGCACUCGCGGAGUGCAUUGUCAACGAUACAAACUGCGAGCCUGAGUACGUAUUGUCAGGCUGCUUCCCAACGACACCUUGUGAUUUUCCGAGCAUCGAUUCUUGCCAGCAUGACGUGUCAGCCUGCCCAAGUGACGGAAAACUCCUUUCAGGAACAUCAUGUGAAGUGAAGUGCCUUUCACCUUACAUGACUCCACUAGGUGAGCCACAUGGCACCAUGGAAUGUCGAGAUCCCAACAUUGACCCCCUAGGGGCUGUGUGGACACCGCCUAGUUGUAUUCUUGGCUGCUCAGAGCCUUCAUCACAGACUGGUUACCGAAACGUCUUCGGAGAAUGGCAAUGUGCACCAGGUUAUCGUGGACCUGGUGCCAUUUGGUCCGAGUGCGUGGUGGACGAGACUUCUUGUGUGGCCUUUCCGCGCCUCUUUGGUUGUGAGCCCUAUGUUCCAUGCUUGGCGCCAUCUCUGACACCAGAGCAGCAGUGCAUGAUAGACCUUGAAAAUGGCUUUUGCAAUGGUGUUGACCCAGGAGAGGUCUGCACUGUCUAUUGCAAAACCCCAUAUGCUGGAGACAAACUUGGUGCUGGCUGUCCAGCUGACAACAUUGAUCCAGCAAAAGUCAUCAAUUGGCUGGCUCCUGUUUGUCACUGUCCUGUGCCCAUCCCUCUUCCAGAAGGUUAUUGGUACCUCGCGUGGAGCACUUAUGCAUGUGCACCGGGCUAUUAUGGGCAAGCCAGCUAUCGCUGCGAGAUCGAUCUGGUAACCUGCCUUCCCAACGUGAUUUUGACCGGCUGCUAUCCAUUGUCCCCUUGCGACCGACCGCAAGUGGACGAUUACGAGUUGUGCAAGCUGGACUUCACGGAAUGUCAAGGGCCUAUCCAACCAGGUGAGUCAUGUAACGUGACUUGCAAAGAAGGUUUUAAUGCCAACACCACCUAUGCAGAGUGUCCUGCUGACAACACCGUUGCAAACUUUGCACCAGACCUGGAUCUUUAUUGCGGUGAGUACACUUGUCUCUCUGCUGAUGAUUGGGCGGCUGAAAACCCCUUGCCGAGGGGCUAUGAUGUGGGCACUUGGCGAUGUGCUGACGGCUUUCGCGGCUCAGUCUCUGUUUCAUGUGCACAAUCUGAUGAAUGUGGUGGUACCUUGCAGUUAUUUGGUUGCGUUCCAUUGAUGCCAUGUUCCACUCCCAGGCUUCAAGGGCGAGAUUUGUGCAGGUACAAUUUCUCAGAAUGUGAGGACACCUUUUCUGGCGGCUUCUGUGAAUUCCAUUGUGUCCCGCCCUUUUCAGGUCGCCCAGGCCGAGCAUUUUGCAAGCCAGACAAUGUAGAUCCCCAUACAGAACUAGAAUUUAUCCCGCCAGACUGCAGCCUACAGUGUCCAGAUCCCAAUCCGGUUCCACCAGGCUAUGUAAAAAUAGAGAAUUGUGGAUGGCAAUGUGCCCCAGGCUAUGAUGGGAGACCCCAAGAACACUGCGAUGUAGAUGAUGAUUGCAACCCGCAGUUGACUCUCAGCGGUUGUGCCCGUGAAGAGAAGUGUAUUUUACCUCCGAGCGAGAUGUUUGACCCGUGCCGCUUUGAUUUCUCUGGCUGCGGUGCCGAGACUCCUCCGGGUUCAUCAUGCGAGGUGAAGUGCAAAGCUCCUUUCUCAGGGCAAAACUUCUUGGCCACCUGCCCACAAGGCAACACCAUCCCGAGACAUCCUUUGACCUGGAACAACGAAAGCUGCACUUUGGCAUGCCCCAUGCCUGAGCCAGUCCCGUUGGGAUUUGCACUCAGACAAGACUUGGAACCACCAGAUUCCGGCUGGAUUUGCUCUCAGGGCUACGUAGGACAAGCAGAGGCAACUUGUAUGCAAAGCCCGGGCUGUGGAGCACCUAUUUUGAGAUUAAGCGGCUGCGAUGAAAAUGUGCCUUGCAAAAAUCCUGCCGGGCACAAUCAAUGCGAGUUUGAAUCCUUUUGUGGUCCAACAAUAGCACCGGGAGCCAGCUGCGAGACUCGAUGCAAGUUCCCAUAUGAAGGUAACUCUUCCAUGGCAAGUUGCCCAAAUCCAAACACGCAGAGAGAUGGACCAGCCGACUGGGAAGCGCCUGACUGCAACUUGAUGUGUCCACAAAUCGCACCCCACAUUCUGCACCCCAACUAUACGCUUGGUGAGCAAGGAGUUGUUGAGGAUGUUGUUUGUGCAGAAGGAGCAGUAGGAGCUGCUGCAGUGGAAUGCCGCAUCAACACUACAACUUGUGAAGCAUUUUGGCAUUUCUGGGGCUGCUUGAUGUUGCAGCCGUGUAUCUUGCCAGUUGUGCAUCAAUGUAGAACUGAUGUGGGAAAUUGUAGCAGAGUGUACCCAGGUGAGUUUUGCAUCAUGUCAUGCCAGGAAGGAUAUUCGGGGGGAGAUGUCGUUGGUAGAUGCCCUGUGGACAACACAGAUGCUGCGCAAGUACUUGAGUUUGACAGCUCUUUACGAUGCGAUUGCUUCCCUCCAGCUGCUCAAGCUGGUUAUGAGCUUGUGAGGAAUUCCGGAGACGGAGGCGAAUGGAGGUGUAAAGAAGGCUGGACAGGCACAGCUCAGGCCACAUGCCGCAUUGAUCCUGCCACCUGCCAGUCGAACGUGACUUUGUCUGGUUGUGUGGCGUUGCGGCACUGUUCACCUCCAAGUCUGGCUUACAUGGGCGAUCCUUCAGAUUGUCAAAUGAUCCCUGCUGGAGAGACAUGUGAAUCAAGAUGUGCUCCCUCUGACUGCAUCUCCGGUGGUCCGUUGCAGUUUAUUUGCCCCAGCGAAAACACAAAUGCGAAGCAGGAAGCUCAAUGGCUCUCUGGUGUUUGCAAGAUCCGAUGUGAAGUCUGCCGAAACACACCGUUUAUUGACUCAGAUCCCCGUCCUAACUACAUUGCGGGCACACUUCAAUUUGGCGAAGCGCACGCCAAGGGAAAGAUGCCAGUUUUGCCAAUUUCGGGGAUCCAUGGAUAUCGGGUCUUUUUUGCAGAUGAUUGUGGAACACAGGUGGGCCAGACUCUGGGCUAUGUUGACCGGAGCGACAAGGUCUAUGAGUGCUGCGCUGCUACAGCAUAUUCUUUCGAUGUUUCUUCUGAAAUCCCAGAGAUGGCCACUCAACUUCUCAUUGCCAUCAACUCGAGUUUUGGCGAGCUUCCUUUCGGAAGGAGAAUCGAUUACAUGGAUCUUACCCAGACAGAAUUAGUGUCGACUCAGAAGCCAAUCACUUCACGGUGCAAGCUGGAUGGCGUUGGCAGCCUUUCUAUUCUGGUGCUUGUGCAAUUGAUAGCUGUCCAAGGAUUUGACUUCUGAGGACCAGAGAUCUGGUUUUUGCAAAUUGCAGAGCUUCUCGCACCCUUUGACUUUAGGUCGCUUUGACUUCUGUAUCAUAAAUACUUGGUGUUGCUUAGUCCUUUGUUGCAGCAAGUGCAAUGAUAGGCUGCAUAUUUGAGAGUUCGUUGCAUGAGUUGAUAGUCGCCGGAUCUGCAAAGCGUCGGACCGGAAUUUUCAAUCAUGGACGCUCCCUCAAAGAGAGAGCGAGCGGGAUCUCAAUGUUAGAUCUAGCAAGACAUACCGGUUUGAGCGUGAAGGGAAGACAAAA